CGAGAGAAGGCAAUAAAGUAAGGUACCAGCCGCAAGCAGUAGUACCAGAUACCAAGAACCUUCAUCAGAACCAUGCUCAACCACUACUGAAUCUGCAGAUUUCUACACGUAUGCAACAGGAUGAGCUGUAUGUUAUCUGAAACGAUCAUAUCCAUCAACAAAAUCAAGCGUUCUGUCGGCGACAGGAACAAUAACCCACAUUCAGAUGCAGAGAUAUGUCCCCUUAGAUUAGAUAAAACGAGAAAAGGAAGUAUUAGCAUAGUUGCAUGGGAGGAGGGGCGCUGCAUGCUCCCCUCGUCUAUAAAACCACAUCCUCCUUACAACUUCUGCACCACAGCAAGCUACAACCAGUAACAGCACCAGUCCACCACCACCAGAGAGCAAACUCUCCUAUUUGAACACAUUUCCUCAUAACAUCGAGUUAAAUGAGGAGCCAAGGCCAACAAGGAGGAAGGGUGACCAGAGCUCUCAAAGAGCACAGAGCCAGGCUCUACAUCAUCCGCCGGUGCAUCGUCAUGCUCCUUUGCUGGCAUGACUGAACACCAAGCUGCAUUUUCCUCCAUGGGAUCCCUCUAGGGUCCAUGCAUGGAGAGGUUGCACUUGGCUAGGAAGCUAUGAGUUAGUUAGGAGUAGAAACUAGGAAGGAGCUCUCAUGCUCAUGGCACAUUGCACUCAACAAAGCUUGGUAGACUAGACAUUCUAACAGUUGUUUCGUUAUGGUUAUUUUUUUUCUCCACCUUUUUCCCUUUUGCUGUCUCUUAGGCAGUGGGGUAUGUGGUUGUUCUAUCCAUUUGGACAUGUUGUGCGGUGUACCCAUGAUCUGAUUAGAAAUGAUUCAGCAAUAGAAGCAAAGUUGAUCUUGAACUCAUGUAACACUUUUUUAUA